UCUGUCUGUUGCGUCUGUUUGUUCGAGUCAGCUCUCAGGUCAGCUGCAGCCGCUCCUUCACGCUCAUUAUGUCGUUCAGUAGUCCCUCGGUGCACUUGUGCAUGGUCUCGGAGCACCUCUUGCGCAUGGUCUCGGAGACGCCUGGCUCGCUGCCGAGCUCGGUCUCGAACUCGCGGUAAUGCUUGAUGACAUGCUCUGUCGUCUCGAUCGCGGCCUUGCCCUCCUCCUUGUCCUGCGUGGCACACAUGCACACGGAGACAGACGGAGUGAGUGAGCAUGUCUGGUUGACUGCCUGUCUGGUUGACUGUGUGUCUGGCUGACUGCCCACCUUGGCGUUGCGCAGCUUGUCCGUGCAAUCGUUGGCGUCGCAUUGAAUCCUCUGGACGAUGAAGUCCUCUAGCGAGCCGCGGCCAAACAGGCCAGUCUGAGCCCGCCAGGCGUUGGAUGAGGUAAGCGACGACAU